AUGAGCACAUUUGAUAUCGAAGAAGUGAGGAACCAUAUAAAGGAAUCAUCAUCAUUUGUGAGGAACCUACUUGAUAAUACAAGAACAGAACAUCCAGAUUUUGAUUUUCCUGAGAUACUUAUAAUCUGCGGCUCUGGUUUAGGUGGUAUUGCAUCUAGAAUAUCGCCAGAUAGUUAUUCCUUAGUGCAAAACUACUCAGGUAUACCUCAUUUCAAAGUUAGUACAGUACCAGGCCAUGCUGGUAAGUUUGUCUUUGGUAAGAUGAAUAGUACUUCAGUGGUUUUGAUGGAAGGUAGAUUACAUAGUUAUGAAGGUUAUGCAAUCCAAGAUACUGUAUUUCCACUACGUGUUCUCCAUGAAUUAGGAUCCAUCAACACUGUAAUUGUUACCAAUGCUGCUGGUGGUCUUAAUAGGACCUUUAAAGCUUGUGACUUGAUGUGCAUAAAUGAUCAUAUCAAUUUCCCAGGGUUAGCUGGUUUGCACCCUUUAAAGGGACCGAAUUUUGAGGAAUAUGGCCCAAGAUUUUUACCAUUAAGUGAUGCAUAUGAUCUUGAACUAAGAAAGUUGUUAUUUCGUAAAAUGAAAGAAUUAAAUCUGCAAAGAACUCUUCAUGAAGGUGUUUAUGCAUUUGCAUCCGGUCCUACCUUUGAAAGUAGAGCUGAAAGUAGAAUGUUGCACAUGAUCGGUGCUGAUGCCGUUGGAAUGAGUACUGUUCCUGAAGUCAUUAUUGCAAGGCAUUGUGGCUGGAGGGUCUUAGCCUUAAGUUUAAUUACAAAUGUUUCAGUUUUAGAUCCACCUGCAUCUGCACUUGAUGAUAAUCCAGUACCUUUGGAUAAAGGUAUGGCUUCUCACAGUGAAGUACUAGAGAAUGGAAAAAUUGCCUCUUUGGAUGUCGAAAGAUUGAUAGAAGCAGUAGUCGGAGAACUGUAG